AGAACCGCAACAUCCAAAAAUUGGAACGAACGAAAAGUCUCUCCAUCAGCUUCUCUCUCUCUCUCUCUCUCUCUCUACUUUCUUUUUCAAUCAGCCCAUUUUAGUAUUAGCGUAGUCCUCAAUCGAGCUUUCCUCAAUGGCAAACAGCAAUCUACCUCGUAGAAUUAUCAAGGAAACUCAGCGUCUCCUUAGCGAACCUGCACCGGGAAUAAGUGCAUCGCCUUCGGAAGAAAAUAUGCGGUAUUUUAACGUCAUGAUUCUUGGUCCUUCACAGUCUCCCUACGAAGGAGGGGUUUUCAAGUUAGAAUUAUUUUUGCCUGAAGAAUACCCAAUGGCUGCUCCCAAGGUUCGAUUUCUCACCAAAAUCUACCAUCCUAACAUUGAUAAGCUUGGGAGGAUAUGCCUCGAUAUUCUCAAGGAUAAAUGGAGUCCUGCUCUUCAAAUUAGAACUGUACUCUUGAGCAUUCAAGCACUUUUGAGUGCUCCAAACCCAGACGAUCCACUUUCUGAGAACAUUGCAAAGCAUUGGAAAACAAAUGAAGCUGAAGCCGUCGAAACAGCAAAAGAAUGGACCCGGCUAUAUGCAAGUGGUGCUUGAUGAAGUCGUUGAGGUUAGGUUCUCCCUGCAACAGCAGAAGGUGUAAUGUAUCUUGUUGACGCAGGAAAUUAAAUGGAAAUUUGGAAAGGCUGGUUGGAGUUGACUAUUCUCAAAGCUUAAUUCCGCCUAAUUAAAUUGUAUAAUAAGAUAAUUAAGCAUGCUUUCUUAACCAUGCAAUUAGGAAUUAUUCCCUGGGAGGUUGGGGUUAGUGCAGUUAAAUUAAUUGGGCUUGAAUAACUGGUGAAGAUCUGGAAAAUCCAAGGUAUGCUUGGUUCAGGCUUGGUUGUGGCAAUUUAACAAGUUUUGAUGUUGUAUUUUUUACUCAAGUGUCCGGUCCAUUUUACUCGCACUAAGUUAAUUGAUAAUGUGUUUGAUA